GUUCUGGAAGUGAACCCCAAAGUGAAGAAGAUAAAGAAUGAGAAUUCAAAGAAGAGGCUAUCUGUUGAAAGAAUCUAUCAGAAGAAAUCUCAAUUGGAGCAUAUAUUGCUUCGACCUGAUACGUACAUUGGAUCUGUGGAGCAAGUAACUCAGCAAAUGUGGGUGUUUGAUGAAGAGGAAGGACUGAAUUGCAGGGAGGUCACCUUUGUUCCUGGCCUUUAUAAAAUCUUCGAUGAAAUACUAGUCAAUGCAGCGGACAAUAAACAGAGAGAUGAAAAUAUGUCUUGUAUUAAAGUUACAAUUGACCCAGAAAAUAACACAAUCUCUGUGUGGAAUGAUGGGAAAGGAAUCCCUAUCGUUGAGCAUCAAGUAGAAAAAAUGUAUGUGCCAGCUCUUAUUUUUGGACAUCUUUUAACCUCCAGCAACUAUGACGAUGAUGAGAAGAAAGUCACAGGUGGUCGAAAUGGUUAUGGUGCAAAGCUGUGCAAUAUAUUCAGUACCAAAUUUACAGUGGAAACAGCAUGCAAGGAAUAUAAGAAGCUUUUUAAACAGACAUGGACUGAAAAUAUGUCUAAAGCAGGAGAGACAAAAUUGAAGCAUUUUGUUGGCAAGGACUUCACAUGUGUUACUUUCCAGCCUGACCUGUCCAAAUUUAAAAUGACUGUAUUGGAUAAAGAUACUGUGGCUCUUAUGUCUCGCAGAGCCUAUGAUAUUGCAGGAACAGCUAAAAAUAUCACAGUAUUCUUAAAUGGAAAGAAAUUACCUGUCAAAGGAUUCCGUAGUUACGUAGACAUGUACAUAAAAGAUAAAGUGGACGACACUGGCAAUGCACUGAAAGUAAUCCAUGAAAAAGUUAAUGACCGGUGGGAAGUGUGUCUAACCAUGAGUGAAAGGGGUUUCCAACAAGUUAGUUUUGUCAAUAGCAUUGCAACGACUAAGGGUGGCAGACAUGUAGACUAUGUUGCUGACCAG